AUGCCGUCCGCAAUUACCCCACAGGCCGCACCAUCGUUGAAGAGGUGGGAGCGGCCGGCAAAGACGACCGAGAAGCUCCCGUGGGCGGACAUUGCUGUCAUUGAUAUGAGCAGGUAUGAUCUGCCCGGCGGUAAGCAGGAGCUGGCUGAGGAACUGCGGCACGCUGUGCAUAAGACUGGUUUUUUCAGUUUAAUCAACACCGGUUUCUCCCGUGAGGAGGUUGAGCGCCAGUAUGACAUCGGGCAAGGCUUCUUCAGCCUCCCCCUCGAGGACAAGAAUCGAGAAGAUAAUCGCUGCGACUUUGCUGUGGGAAACUACUUUGGAUACCGACCAAACAACGACAAGAAGAUGAUGGGCACCAACGUCCUCAGCAACGUCGAAUCAGUCAACAUCCCAAAGUUCAUCCCGCAAUACGCCAACCAGCCGUUCCAUCCUUUCUUCGAAACGUACAGGACAGAGAUCGAAGACUUCUCAAGGCGCUCUUCCGAACUCGCCGCCAAAGUCUUCACCCUCUUCGCCAUCAUCCUCGAGCUGCCCGAGGACUACUUCUCCUCGCGCCAUGCCUACGACUCCCCGAGUGAGGACCACCUGCGCUACAUGGUCUACCACCCGCGGCCCCUGGCCGACGACCUCAAGGUCGAGCGCACCUGGUCCCGCGCACACACGGACUUCGGCUCCCUGACGCUGCUGUGGAGCCAGGACGUCGCGGGCCUGCAGAUCAAGACGGACGACGCGUCGUCGUCGUCGUCGGACCCGUGGCGCUACGUGCCGCCCGUCGACGGCGGCAUCGUGUGCAACGUCGGCGACACGCUGCAGUUCUGGUCGGCGGGCUACCUGCGGUCGACGGUGCACCGCGUCGUGCGGCCGCCCGAGGACCAGGCGCACCUCUACCGGCAGGGCCUUUUCUACUUUGUGCGCCCGGGCGACGGCGUCGACAUCAAGCCCGCCGCCGACUCGCCGCUGCUGCGGAGGCUGGGCCUGGUGACCGAGGCGGACGCGCGCGGGGAGCCGGUGACGGGCCUGCAGUACGUGCGGGAGCGGGUGAAGAACUACCACGACCAUGACGACUAUGCGGACAAGAGGGGGGCGACGUUCAAGGUGGGCAACCUGGAGAUUGAGGACCAGGCUGCGUAG